AUGAGCGACAAACCCCCUGAUGACCCUACCCGAUGGUAUCCCCUCGGCCAGUACGUCGAAGACGACGACAACUACAUGGGGAAGCGCGACGAUGACACCCAAACUUUCACUCUGGCUCGCAGCGACAUGGCAGCACUGAACCGGUUCACUCAAACAGGUCGAAAGCUUCCUUUGUCUCGCUCCAGCUACCAGACUCAGAUGGGUCUUACCAGCGAGUCUGAGCUUACGACCGAUGUCUGGAAUGCAGUUGACAAGAUGCUUGUUAGUUUUAAGACUAUCAACGGCGAUUGCAACAAUUUUUUACUCGACGACGGCGACAACAAGGGCACCUGGGCUAAGGCCGUUGAUGCGAUGCUCGAGGCAGUCAAUGCCUACAAUGAAGCCGAUAACGAAGACGACAAAAACGAGCAGAAGGAGUUGGUCAGAGAGUAUGCGAACAUGCAGAUGAAAGAUUGCACCGACCUCGCAACUGCGGCAGAAACAGUUGAGACCGAGCUGGGUGACUUUCAGACCCGAUGCUCGAGCUAUGCCACCGACCUGUCGGGCCAUGAGAAAACGCUGCAGAAUCUUCUGGACCAGGAGUAUGGUGACAUCGAAGAUAUCAAAGCAGACAUCGAAAAGCAGACCGCCCUGAUCAAGUCCAAGCAGAGCAAUAUCAAUGCAGGCGAGAAAAGCCCUUUCGUUGGUGCCAUCGCCGCUGCCAUUGUCACUGCGGUCAUGGAAGGGGACAUUGCCGACUUGACCGAUGCGAUCAUGAAGUUGCAGGACAUCAUCACCUCGGACCAGGAGAAGAUUCGGAUCGUCGGGUCUGUGCAAGGCCAUGUCACCAACAUGAAGACCGAAGUCCAUGACCUCAAUGAAAUUCUUAACCCUGCAAUACAAACGCUUGGAAAGCUGAAAGGAGCCUGGCAAACUAUGGGCACCAUGCUGCAGGCGCUGAACGACGCUUUUAACAAGCCAAACGACGAGAUUGACUACCCAAGCAUCGUGAAGACAGAGCUUGACAAGAUCCGUCGGAAGUGGAACGAUCUUGGGGUCUAUACGAAACAACACCAGGAAGUUGCAUAUCUGACCGACGAGCCCAAGGAGACUAGCCUCCAAGACUACGUGGAUGAGUUGAACUCGAACUCGAUGAAGAAUUAG